AUGAAAAUAGUGAUCCUCCUUUCAAAGCUUUGUGCCUCUUUCUAUGUUUUAAAGAGAGAAAUAGAGAUGAGCAAGAAGAAAGUAUCAUAUUUCUAUGAUUCUGAAGUAGGUAAUCACUACUAUGGUCAGAAUCAUCCAAUGAAACCACACAGAAUUAGAAUGACACAUAACUUGAUCUUAAAUUAUGGCAUAUACAAAAAGUUACAAAUCUUUAGACCUAAAAAAGCAACUGAAGCUGAUCUUUCAAACUUUCAUUCAGAUGACUAUGUUAACUUUUUAAGAUUGAUCACUCCUGAUAACAUGCAUGAAUACUCUAAACAAUUGAUGAAGUAUAAUGUUAGAUAUGAUUGCCCAGUAUUUGAUGGAAUGUAUAAUUUAUGUCAAAUCUCUUCGGGUGGUUCGAUUGGAUGUGCAGUAAAGUUAAACAACAAAGAUUCUGAUAUUGCUGUCAAUUGGGCCGGAGGUUUACAUCAUGCAAAGAAAUCAGAAUCUUCUGGUUUUUGUUAUACCAAUGAUAUUGUAUUAUGUAUUCUUGAAUUAUUAAAACAUCAUAAAAGAGUAUUAUAUAUUGAUAUUGAUAUUCAUCAUGGUGAUGGUGUAGAGGAAGCUUUUUAUACAACAGACAGAGUCAUGACUGUUUCCUUUCACAAAUAUGGUGAUUAUUUCCCUGGUACUGGCGAUGUAAGAGAUGUUGGUGCUAGUAAGGGUAAAUACUAUGCUUUGAAUUUCCCUCUAAAGGAUGGUAUUGAUGAUCAAAGUUAUCAAAGUGUUUUCAGACCUGUAAUUCAAUCAGUUAUGGAUUCAUAUAGACCAGAAGCAGUUGUAUUACAAUGUGGUGCAGAUUCAUUGACUGGAGAUCGUUUGGGAUGUUUCAAUCUUUCGUUAAAGGGUCAUGCCCAAUGUGUAGAAUUUAUGAAGUCAUUUAAUCUUCCUCUUGUCAUUCUCGGUGGUGGAGGUUAUACUAUCAAGAAUGUUGCUAGAUGUUGGACUUAUGAAACUUCAAUUUUAGUUGAUCAUGAAUUACCUGAUGAAUUACCAUAUAAUGAUUAUUUAGAAUAUUAUGGACCAGAUUAUAGAUUACAUAUUACACCAAAUAAUAUGGAGAAUCAAAAUUCAAAGGAUUAUCUUGAAAAAUUAAAGAUUCAAAUUUUAGAGAAUCUAAGACAUUUACAACAUGCACCAAGUAUUGCUCAUACUGAAAUCCCACCUGACAGUUAUAGUUACUCUGAUGAUGAAGAUGAUGAAGAUCCCGACGUUCGUAUCAGUGAGUCGGACCGUGAUAGACGUGUUACAAAUCCAGGUGAAUUGUCAGACUCGGAUGAAGAAGAUGGAAGAAGACAUGAAAUGAAUGGUUUGGAUUCAACACCAUCCUCUCGUAGAAGAAAUCAAGUACCAAUCACUGCCUAUGAUAAAGAAGCAACCAAUUAUAAAUCAUAUGGUAGAAAUAACCAAAUGGAUGAUGAAAUGAUGGAAUAA